AUGGCUCAAAGUCUAUACAGAAAUAUGAUUGGUAGUCUUCUUUAUCUCACAGCUAGCAGACCUGACAUUACAUUUGUUGUAGGAGUCUGUGUUAGAUAUCAAUCUGAACCUAAAAUGAGUCACAUUACUCAAGUGAAAAGGAUUAUGAAGUAUAUCAAUGGAACAAAUGAAUAUGGAUUGUUGUAUUCUCACAAUGCAAACUCCUUACUAAUAGGAUAUUGUGAUGCAGAUUGGGCAGGCAAUGCUAAUGAUAGAAAAAUCACUUAUGGAGGAUGUUUAUUUUUGGGAAAUAGUCUCAUAUCUUUGUUCAGUAAGAAGAAAAAUAGUGUGUCCUUAUCUACAACUAAGGAUGAAUAUAUUGCUACAGGAAGUAGUUUCUCUCAAUUGAUUUGGAUGAAACAAAUGUCAGAAGAAUACAAUGUCCAGCAAGAUGUCGUGACAUUCUACUGUGACAACCUAAGUGUGAUUAACAUUUCCAAGAACCUUAUUUAG